UCUGUGGAAUACGGCAAAUAUAUGCAGGGCCGUAAGUUCCAGAAACUCCGCGAUUUCUCUCGUCUUCCCCAACCGAGCCCCUGCGCAGAAAACGGGUAUGGGAAUGUAUCAAUUGGUUUGGGCCUAUUGGUAUUAAUGGGCCUCACUUCUUGUGCUCAUUCCAUUUAUAAACUCCAACCCAUCCAAAAAAAACCAAACAAACAAACAGAAGUGCUUCUCCUCCCCUGCUCGUUCUAUCAGCAACCCAGAAACUCGAUUCUGCGUCUUGUGCUUCGAAAGCCGUCUGUUGGCGAGCCUUUCUGGUGGGCACUGUCCGGUUGGAUUUUUGAAGCUCAAGUUGAAAUGGUUGUCAUGCUUAGUGCCCGUCUCCACACCGUUACCUCUGCUCUUCCUUCAGGUAGAGAUUGUAAAUACACAGGUCAAGCAGUGAAAGCACUUCCUAUACGCAUAAUAUCAGUAGGGAAGAAGAGAUCACAAGGAGUACAACUCGUAGUGGAUGAAUACAUCGAAAAGCUUAAGCUCUACUGCAGCGUUGAUGAUGUUCACAUACGGAACAAUCCUAAAAAUGCACAUGAUUCGAAGGCUCAGGUUGAUCAUGAAGACAGUGCUGUCAUGGACCUUAUAAGGUCCAAUGAUUGGGUCGUGCUGUUGGAUGAGCGCGGGAAAGACAUAGGGUCGGAGCAGAUGGCAGAGUUGGUGGGGGAUGCAGGGAAUACAGGAGCUUCAAGACUAUCCUUCUGCGUUGGUGGACCUUACGGCCAUGGAAAACGAUUGCGAGAACGUGCUGAUGUUUCUAUCAAGUUGUCUUCUAUGGUUUUAAACCAUCAAAUUGCAUUAGUUGUGCUUGUCGAACAACUCUAUAGGGCAUGGACUAUUCUGAAAGGACAGAACUAUCACCGGUAACCUUUCAUUUACUGGUCUGAACAGUGACCAUCAGUAGAGUGGCCAAUGUUGUGUGAUUAGCUUCCCUUCUACCUCAAGUAUUGUAGCAAGCAAGUUGGAGAUUACGAGCAAUCGAGGGUAGCUCCCAAAAGCUGCUAUUUAUAUGUGAAGCCAUUCCUCAGAAACAGUGUGCCUUAAGAGGCCCCCAAGUGCUUUUGCAGUUACAGGCAAACCAUGGCACUUACGCACUGCAGUUUCGUUGUCAAGUUCUUCAAUGUUUCGGUGUGAAAUGGGGCCGCUGUUGUGUUUCGGUGUCAAGUUCUUCAAUGAUCAUUAUUUUGUAUUAUAUUAAUCUGUUUAUCGUUUUAAGUUGAAUACUUCGGAUAUUCUUUUUAUUGGAAUAAGUUUGUAACAUUUUGUUACAAUUCAGAUUAGAAAUUCCGAAUUUCAAUACUGUUAAAUGCA